AAAGUGGCUUGAAACUAGUCGAGUUAUAUCUCGAAACAGUUACGGAAGUAACAGUAAGCCGUUAAACAUAAAUCAUUUAUUUCUGAAAUGUAUUUAAUAUGAUUAUCAUAAAAUAUGGGAGAUGAAAUGAGGGAGAGCCAUGCUUCAACACGAAGAGGCCGACUCGAUCAGAGUGACGACACUACACCUCCUCACAGAAAUCAUCCAGAAUGAAACAAUGCUUGCGUUGUGUCUCGCCGCGUGACUGGGGUUACUGGAGGCCCCACUCUUCCUCUCAAGAAUAAUCAAUCAAUCUCCCAAAUACUCAAAUCCCUAAUCUCCAAAACCGGCAACGUACGUAUGUAGAUACUUGUAACUCACUCCUCGCGAGCGUACGUGUACUACAUACUUUUGGAAUAACCAAGAAUCCAAACAAAUUAUGUAACCCAAAUAAAAUUGGAUAAUUCACAAAAUAACUCGAGUAAUAAAGAACUACACACCUAAUACAAGAAUGGGACGUAUGACUUAGUAUUGAAAUAUUUGAAUUCAGGUGUAAGCCGCGUUAAACGGUUUGCUUUCGUAGAAAGUAAGUGGUUGCGACUUCAGGAGUCCCGCAGUAACGACGCGGUUGUUGCAGAGGCCGCGUGGCGCCGCUUGCGCACUCCGACCUCGCCGCGCACCGCCGCAUCGCUCGCCGGCCACGCCGCAAACACGCGCGGUACGUCUUGACGUAAUCAUGAUGAGUGUCAAACACGAGACAGAGUCAGAAGCUGGAGACGUGAUCGAUCUAGGCGCCCCGCGCCUGUUGCUGCGGCGGGCGCCAGCCGAGCCCCGGCAGCCAGGCCGGCCGCGGACUCGGCAGCCCUACACGCCCAACCCGCGCCUGUACCCGGGGCCCCGGCCCAAGCACAAGCUGAGACCCAAGCGUGCCGAUCCUCGCGGAAACGAAGGCCGUGGCCGACGCCGCAACCGCGUGUUCCGGCGGCCAGUGCCGAACGCGCGCCUGUAUCGGCCCGCGCCCCCACGCCCCCCUCCCCCGCCCGCCUGGCCGCGAGCUACCUGGCCGCCGCCCGUACCUGCCGCGCGGCUCGAAACCGCGUCUCGCGCAGCUUUGCGCUUGAGCGAGCAGCGGCGCGGCUUCCGCGCACCACAGCGUUCGCUGCGUUCACCGGUUCGUCCCGAGCGCUUGCUAGUCCGGGCUACACGUUCGCCCGCGCGCCGGCAUUCGCCAGCGUUGGCACAGCCCUCGGGGACCGUCUCGCUCUCGCAGCCCUCGCGGCGCCUGGUGGUGACUCUGCCGGCGCCGCCCAGCGACUUCGUCUCGCCGCCGCCUCGCUACCGGCCCGCGAGCGAGCACUUCCGGCUGCGCUCGCAGAACACGGAGUCAGGCACGUCGAGCCCGGUGGCGGGCCGGCCGGUUCUGGGCUCUCCUGUGCCUGCCGCCGCGCCCGCCAUGGAUACCGGAAACAGACAUUCCACCAGUCCGGAGGACUGUUCCGACGGUAACGAGACCUUGUCCGCGCCCAGCGAGUUCCUGGCGGAGUUCCUGUCGGCGAUCAUGCGGCGUCAGUACGCGGAGGCGCUGAAGUACUGCCGCCUGAUUCUCCAGUACGAGCCGCACAACGCCACGGCGCGCGGCUUCUACCCGCUGCUGCAGCACAAGCUGCGCGCGCAGCCCGCGCCCGGGGCGGCCGGACCGGCCGGGCCGGCCGGGGCGGUCGGGGCGGCCGGGGCGGCCCGGGCUGUCCGGGCGCGCCGGCCUCUCACCGCGCCGCCACACGCCGCCUCCGGCGCGCACCAGGUACUGUACUGCCAGCCUAUACAGGGUAUUUGGCGCAUGCACCUACACAAUAUUUAUCAGGGAUUUGGAAGGUCCUAACUUGUUUACCCGAAAACCCUUCGUCGCCUGUGUCAUGGUUGGUCACAUAUGUUUAUAUUUAUGAAAAAUUAUUACUGCAACUCAAAAUAACUUUCUGUUUGUGGGUCUAAUGGCUCAAAAUAUUUUUUCUUGAAAACUAAGUUUGUAAUGGAUUUUAGUUAUUUUUUAUACUUAAUUUAGAAGUUGAAAAAUUUCAAACGUGUCUAAGAAAAAUUAAACUUUGGGAGCUUGUGAGUAAAUUUUUGGAAACCAUUUGUAAUAAACAAAGGUGUAUUUAGAUUUAGUAGACUUGAGAGUAUGCAACAAGAUUUCUUUUGGACCACUAGACCCACAAACAAAGUUAUUUCGGGUCAAA